CUCCAAAAACUGAUGUGGGGCCACGUGUCUUGGUCCUAGGCCGAGACAGUAAAGAGUGGUUAAGCAGACGCUGAAGUCACAUUCAUGCGUAAUGGGGAACUCAAUCGCGUUGCUUCACGUUGCCAGUCGGAACUAAUUUAACAACACAUUCGAAUUGCCGUUUGGGUUUACAAGGCAGUUGACUAUCACUGCAUGUUACUGUGAACAUUAGAUAAAAGCUAUAAUAUUAGAACUACAAAUCGUUAAUAAUGGACGACCAAGGGUGUCCGCGAUGCAAAACUACGAAAUACAGAAACCCAUCUCUAAAACUUAUGGUCAACGUCUGCGGUCACACACUAUGCGAGAGCUGCGUGGAGAUGCUUUUUGUGCGUGGCUCAGGGAAUUGUGUUCAGUGUGAUACACCGCUUAGGAAGAGCAAUUUCCGCGUACAGCUGUUCGAGGAUCCAGCGAUUGACAAAGAGGUGGAAAUCCGCAAGAAAGUUCUGAAGAUAUACAACAAAAGAGAAUUUGACUUCCCAAGCCUCAGAGAGUACAAUGACUAUCUGGAACAGGUGGAAGAGAUUGUAUUUAAUCUGACCAAUAACAUUGAUCUGGAGAGGACUCGGCAGAUAAUGGAACAGUACCAAAGAGAGAACAGAGAUGUCAUCCAGCGCAACAAAGUAAAGCUGACUCGUGAGCAGGAGGAGCUGGAGGAGCUGCUGCUGCUGGAGCAGAAAAGUACAGAGGAGAGGAGACUGGAGCUGCUGGAGGAGGAGAAGAGGCAGCUCCAGGCCAAGAGGAAGAACAAGCAGGCCUUGCUGGACGAGCUGGAGAGCUCCCAGCUGCCCGCGUGUGUCUUGCUGGCUCAGCACAAGGACAGAGCGACACAGCUGGAGCGGCAGAUCGAGAAACAGAAGCAGGCCGUCAAAACCACCAUCUUUUCCACGGGCAUCCCAAUGGGUCAGACGGUGUCACUACAGCCUGUGCCAGAGAUCCGGGAGGUUCUGUAUCACUACCAGCCUCUGUUCAUUGCCACACACGGGCCCCCAGUACCUGAGCUGGACCAACUGCAGAGACUUGGGUACCUGAACCAUGUGCGAGCAGCAUCUCAGCAGGACAUGGCUGGGGGCUACUGCUCUGGAUUGGCUUGUCAUCGUGCUCUUCAGGACGCUUUCAGUGGACUCUACCCCUGAUCUGGUCUGAUCAGAACCUGUCCCAAGUCUGCACAUCAACUUCCGGAGACCAGAGAUUGCGCCAUAAUCCCUAACAUCUGAUGUAGCUGUCCAAGCCCCACAGGAGCAUUCUAGUACUGGAGAGCAUUUAGAUUGGGAUUGGUCUGGUCUACACCUAAAGUCAGCAGAUGCUGUAGAGAACCAACUGUUCUCCACUAUUCAUGUUUGUGCACACCACCCUUUUGGAGUCUUGUGUUGAUGCAAGGUGUGAAGUUUGCUAGAAAUAUUUUAUAAAUAAAGUCCCCAAAUCCUUUCCUAUCUACAAUGGACAAUACUUUAACUAUUUAGGCAUCAACACAGUUGCUUCUUGCAUCGUAUAUGGACUAAAAACAGGACAAAAAUGCAAAAAUGUCUUUCAAUCCUGUCUUCAUGUCGGUCUGUGCCCUGGGUUUAGUGAGUGUGUUUUUCCUCAAUGAUGUGUGUAUAUAUUCCAUUAAAAUAUUUUUACAGACAAUUUUAA